AUGGGAAUCAAUGAUCUAUCUCUGGACGAUAUUAACCAGUACUACCCUGGCCGCUCUAACAUUCUGUCGCACCUGUCUAUCCUCAUGGCAGUUGCUCCACCACCCUUCAUGCACAUAUUCGACCCCCAUACGCCUCGCACAACUUGUCGACUUAUAGCUUCACUUCUUGACAUUCUUGGCUCUUCGGACGACCCGGAGCUUAAACCCUCAGAUACGCCUGUGUUGAUGCACAACUGGGCUAGUGGCACCUGGAGCGAUAGCUUAGACUCGUUUUUGGCCGGCCUACGAGAAAUUGGCAAAUUAUUUGCUGCUGAAAAAAAGAAAUCUGACAGCGAUAUUAUGGACACCACUGAAACGAGUGACCAAAAUGAGUUGGACCAGGCUAUUAGUUGUAACUUGGUGCUUGUCGUAGAGAAUGCAAACUACCUGUCUGGCCCUUUGAAAGAAUUACUAGUGCCAUUGACACGACUUUCAGAAAUGGUUACCAACUCUACCACUAUUCUUAUAUCUGAUGUGCGUUGGGACGAUAUUAGGGAAACAUCCAGAGCAUGCCCCGACCCUUACCUUAUCAAAGUCCCCGCACUAUCCCGCGAAGACGCUAUUUUGUAUCUUUCCUCCCAUUUCCCUCCUCCACUUGUGAUUAAGCAAGGGGCCAUCAAAGCGCCGGGUCUCCCCUCUCUUACAGCGGCACAUGAUGAUUUAGUGCCACUUCGACAACAUUUUCUGUCGGCCGCCUACGACAUAUGCUCACCCCAUUCGCGUGAUCCAGCUGAGAUCGCAUACGUCGUACAAGCAACCUGGCCUGCAUUUGUCACCCCUAUUCUAGCCGAUUGGAAUACGAUAAGAAUAAGCCAAAUUCCGGAAAACGAUAUGGAUGUCGACAUCGAUGAUAGUGGAACCGGAGACGUACAAGGGCCUGAAGAGCUACUUUCGGAGUGGAGACGAACAGCCUCGACCUCUGAAUAUCCAUUACCUACUGAAGGAACACGCUUACGAUUGAUUCGACACUUUUCACCUAGCAUUCUGGCAGCAUUUCAUGAACUCCUUCCUCGCAGAACUUCAGCCCGCGCCUGGGCCAAGUCACAUAUACCUCCGACAAGCUUCCGUGCCUCUCAAUGGACAUCUUACCCUCAAAUGAAUGUCGACGUUGAACGUACGGAGGCUCCUAAUUCGGACGUAACAGCCUAUGGAAGUUCGCAUACAAGGAUGCUUAUUUUAGCUUGUUACCUUGCAAGUUACAACCCUUCAAAAUCCGAUAUGCGAAUAUUUGGUCGUGAUUCAAGUGGGAUUCCCAAGCGGAAAAACCGUGGUUACGCCAAGGGUAAAGGAAAGGGUGCAACAGCCAAGAUACCUCAAAAACUCCUGGGCCCUUCGGCAUUUGGGCUAGAACGAAUGCUAGCCAUAUUAGAAGCCCUUACCUUGGAAUACAUCGAUUUUCCUGGAUUGGAUGAAGCAUACGAGCGCGAAGACACUGCUAAUCUCGAAACUAGCAGGGCCCGUAUACUCUCAGAGUUGGCUCAGCUGGUUCAAGAGGGGCAAAUUGCACGCACAGGAGCCACAGACUCGAUCGCAUGCAAUAGCACCUUCAAGUGCAAUAUCGGAUUUGAGGAAAUCGAGCAAAUAGCCGACUCCCUACGAGUUCCGAUCAACGAAUUACUGUGGGAUCCAGAGAAUCAGUAA